GCCGCGGGAGCCGGAGCCGCGGGAGGACCGCGCGGCCGCCGCGAUGGAGCAGCUAUCAGAUGAAGAAAUUGACCAUGGUGCUGAAGAAGACAGUGACAAGGAAGAUCAGGACCUGGACAAAAUGUUUGGAGCCUGGUUGGGGGAGCUAGACAAACUCACUCAGAGUUUGGAUUCUGACAAGCCCACAGAACCAGUAAAAAGAUCUCCUCUCCGCCAGGAAACAAACAUGGCCAAUUUUUCUUAUCGCUUCUCCAUAUACAACUUGAAUGAAGCUCUGAAUCAGGGAGAAACUGUGGAUCUGGAUGCUCUGAUGGCCGAUCUUUGCUCAAUAGAACAGGAACUCAGCAGUAUUGGUGCAGGAAAUAGUAAGCGUCAAAUCACAGAAACAAAAACCACACAGAAAUUACCCUCUGGCCGACACCCAUCAAAACAUGGGACCUUGAAAGGAUCGUCGUCUGCAUCCAAUAGGAUAACUAAGCCUCCACAUGCCAACUACUCUCUAGAUGACAUCACUGCACAGUUAGAACAGGCCUCCUUGAGCAUGGAUGAGGCUGCUCAGCAAUCUGUCCUGGAAGACACUACUAAGCCCUUAGUAACCAAUCAGCACAGAAGAACGGCAUCCGCGGGCACAGUGAGUGAUGCUGAAGUUCGCUCUAUUAGUAACUCCUCUCGUUCCAGCAUAACUUCCGCAGCCUCCAGCAUGGACUCUCUGGAUAUUGAUAAAGUAACUCGCCCUCAAGAACUGGAUUUGACACAUCAGGGGCAGCCAAUUACUGAGGAAGAACAGGCAGCAAAACUGAAAGCUGAGAAGAUCAGAGUUGCUCUAGAGAAAAUUAAAGAGGCACAAGUAAAAAAGCUGGUGAUUAGAAUCCAUAUGUCUGACGAUAGUUCUAAAACUAUGAUGGUGGAUGAGAGGCAGACAGUGAGACAAGUGCUGGAUAACCUGAUGGACAAAUCCCACUGCGGUUACAGUUUAGAUUGGUCCUUGGUGGAAACCAUCUCUGAGUUACAAAUGGAGAGAAUCUUUGAAGACCAUGAAAACUUGGUUGAAAAUCUUCUUAAUUGGACAAGGGAUAGCCAAAACAAGCUUAUAUUUAUGGAGCGUAUAGAAAAAUACGCACUUUUCAAAAAUCCACAGAAUUAUCUCCUGGGGAAAAAGGAAACUGUUGAGAUGGCAGAUAGAAACAAAGAAGUGCUGUUGGAGGAAUGUUUUUGUGGAAGUUCCGUCACUGUACCAGAAAUUGAAGGAGUCCUUUGGCUGAAAGAUGAUGGCAAGAAGUCCUGGAAAAAGCGCUAUUUUCUCUUGCGAGCAUCUGGUAUCUAUUAUGUCCCUAAAGGAAAAGCAAAGGUCUCUCGGGAUCUAGUGUGCUUUCUCCAGCUGGAUCAUGUCAAUGUUUAUUAUGGACAGGACUAUCGGAACAAAUACAAAGCACCUACAGACUAUUGCCUGGUGCUAAAGCACCCACAGAUCCAGAAGAAAUCUCAGUAUAUCAAGUACCUUUGUUGUGAUGAUGUAAGAACCCUGCACCAGUGGGUUAAUGGUAUCCGCAUUGCAAAGUACGGGAAACAGCUCUACAUGAACUAUCAAGAAGCCUUGAAGAGGACAGAGUCAGCUUAUGAUUGGACUUCCUUAUCCAGCUCCAGCAUUAAAUCAGGAUCCAGUUCUUCCAGCAUCCCAGAGUCUCAGUCCAAUCAUUCCAAUCAGUCUGAUAGUGGAGUUUCUGACACCCAGCCAGCAGGACACGUCCGUUCUCAGAGCAUCGUCAGCUCCAUCUUCUCCGAAGCCUGGAAACGAGGCACUCAGUUGGAGGAGUCCAGCAAGGCCAGAACGGAGUCUGUGAAUCGACCCUACACUUCCCUUGUGCCCCCUUUAUCCCCGCAACCCAAGACCGUGGCGCCCUACGCCGCCUCGCAGCCGUCCCCGCCUCUGCCGCCCCCGCCCCCACCCCCGCCCCCGCCCCCCCCUCCGCCCCCCCCGCCCCCCCCGCCCCUGCCCAGCCAGUCGGCGCCUUCGGCGGGCUCGGCCGCCCCGAUGUUCGUCAAGUACAGCACGAUCGCGCGGCUGCAGAACGCGGCGCAGCACUCGGGGUCCCUGUUCAAGCCGCCGCCGGCCUCGGCGAUGCAGCCACAGCUCCUGAGCGCACCGCCCGCCAAGCCCCAGAUCCUGGUGCCCCCCAGCGGGGUGGUCCCCCCACCGCCGCCGCCCCCCCCUCCUCCGACCCCCGGCUCCGCCAUGGCCCAGCUGAGGCCGGCGCCCUGCGCCCCGGCGCUCCCGCCCUUCAGCCCCCCGCCGCCGCCCGCCAAGGUGCACCUCGGGGCCCCGGUGGCGCCUCCCACGCCCCCCGCGCCCGCCCCCGCGCCCCUCCCGCCCCAGGCGCCCCCCAAGCCCCUGGUGACCCUCCCCCCGCCGGCCAGCGCCAAGACCGCGCCCGUCGCGACGCCAGCGCCGCCGGCGCCGCCCGCGAAGAAGCCGCCAGGCUUCCCCGUGGCUCACGUCCCGCCGUCCUCGCCCGCGCCCCCGGGGCCCGGGCCGCCCCCCACGCUGCCCAAGCAGCAGAGCCUCGGCGCCAGGCCGCCCCCGUCCCCGCCCGCGCCGCCCAAGCAGCCCGCGGGCCCGUUCCCGCCGCCGCCCGCGCCGCCCCCGGAGCCGCAGCCCGCGAAGCCCGUCCCGGCGCCCGCGGCCCCGCAGUCGCCGCCCGCGGUGAAGGCGAAGCCCAGGUGGCAGCCCGCGCCCGCGCCCUCCCCGGACUUCCCGCCGCCGCCGCCCGCGAGCAGCCUGGUCUUCCCCGCGCCGCCGCCGGCGCCGCCCGCCCCGGCCCCGCCGCCCGCCGCCGCGCCCGCGGGGGACAGGAGCGCGUCCCCGGGCAGGAAGGCGCCCAAGACGGCCAGCCCCGGCGGGAAGAGGCCGCCCCCGACGCCGCAGCGCAACUCCAGCAUCCGGGCCGGCGGCGCGGAGCACCCCGAGCCCCAGAGGCCCUCCGUGGACAGCCUCGUCAGCAAGUUCGCGUCCCCGGGGGACCCCUCCGGCUCCCCCGGCAAGGAGACCCCCCCGCCGCCCACCGCGCCCCCCAAGCCCGGAAAGCUCCACCUGCCGGGCGUGCACCUCCCCGGCGCCCUCCAGCCAGGGGGCGCGUCCGCGAGAGCCGGCGCGCCGGGCGGGCGCGGCAGGGACGCCCCGGCCGAGUUCCCGUCGCCGCCGUCCGACUCGGACUUCCCGCCGCCGCCGCCUGAGAUCGAGCUGCCCCCGCCGCCCGUGGAGGUCCCGGCCGUGUUCUCGGGGAGCACCUCUCCCAAGGUGGCGGUGGUGACCCCUCAGCCGCAGCCCUGGGCCAAGGCGUCGGCGAAGAAGGCGCCGCCGCCCACGCGCCCCAAGCGCAGCGACAGCACCCGCCUCACGCAGGCCGAGGCCCCGGAGCCGCCCGCCCCGCCGGCGCCCACCUCGCCCAAGGCCGGCCUGAGCGUCCAGCCCGGGUUCCUGGCCGACCUCAACAGGACCCUGCAGCGGAAGUCCAUCACGCGGCACGGCUCGCUCUCCUCCGCGCGCGCGUCCCGGGCGGAGCCCACGGCCACCAUGGACGACAUGGCCCUGCCCCCGCCGCCCCCCGAGCUGCUCUCUGACCAGCAGCGAGCGGGCUACGGAGGCGGCCACCUGUCAGGCUAUGCAACAUUGCGGAGAGGACCCCCGCGCCCCCCAAAGAGAGACCAGAACACCAAGCUCUCCCGGGACUGGUAGCGGCCGCGGGGCUGCUUUUCCGUGUGUCUGCACCCGGCGCUGCAGCCAGCCCGCCGCGGGCGCGCAGAGCCUCCCGGUAGGCUGUUCUUCGGGUCGUGUCCAGCUGUGCGUGGGGUGUAUAUAUAUGUAUACAUACGUGUGUAUAUGUAUAUAUAUAUAAUAUAGCUGAGAGUGAGUCUAUUUAUUCCUUUUCUCUCCUAAUCUGAAAGUGAGUUUUGGGUAUUUGGGGUGGAAGCGGCGUGAAAGGGGGUGUGUGUCUGGCCUCUUCUGAUGGAUCAUGGGGUCUGGAGCGGUAUUUUUAGGUCUGUCCGUGUGCGGCCUGUCUGUGCAUGUUGUGUAUUCUAUAGUAAGGACUAGGUGUGUGAUGUGCUCUCAGUUUGAGAUGACAACCAGAAUAUUUGGUGCAUUGAUGGGGCUUGUGUUUCGUUUUUUCCCGUUGGCCGAGUUUGAACUGCCUGACACUUCACUACUACACAUAAAGGGGCACUUUAAGUCCAUUUCUCAGCUUCAUAGAAAGGGUAACUAGUGCAGUCGGGGGAUUUUCACAGACACUAUCUGUACGUAGUUGUGCAUUGAGAGUAAAUCCGUGGUGUCACGCAGCCAUUCUAGUUGCAGUGUUGUUGCCGUGCUCCCACCCGAAUCUAGGACGCGUCCUGUCCCAGGUAAGCUCUUUGCCCCCAGUCUCCGGAUAGCUUAGUACUGCAAGCCUGGGUCGCUCUUUUACACUGUCAGAAUCCUUUUCAUGAGCUUUGUGAAAACUUCAUCAAGCUUGCCUUCGUGAUCCUUGCGUUGCUUUAUUGUGCCAGAAUAUCCACCACCUUACCCCUGGAAUGCUCUGCCCCAGUAUGCCUUUGGGUCACCAGUAACUUCUUAGUGUGUGCUUGAGGUAGAUGUUGUAUUAGGUAUCUGUAGACAAUUGCUGUAUCAAAUAUACACAUCCUUGUCCAGUAUGGUGCCAUCAGUACGAAAAAAAAAUCACCUUCUGAAAAGCAUCUUUUUGUGUGUAUUGCUCUUGAAGGAUGGGCGACUGGAAACGUUGGAGCUGGCCUUUAUUUUGAAGUAUGGGACUGUAUUAUAUAUAAAGGGAGUUUUUUGAAUUUUAUCCAUCGUGACUAGAGCAGACUAGGAUCCUGGCCUAUUAGCCUUAUUGCUGGGUGUUCUAAUGAGUGGUGCGGUCUAAAUUCCCUAAGUGACAUGACGUGUUGUGCCACGUGCAAUCACUGCUGUAAGGACACUGUAUUUCUAGGUGUUGUGCACCACUAUAUGCUUUUUUUCCCCAUGUGAAUGUCUCUGGGUGUGCAAGAGGAAUAUGUAGCCGUGCCAAUUUAUGAAGGUAGAUUGGCCAUCAAGAAUGAACUGUGAUCUCAGCACUGCUCUCAAGGGAAUAAAAAUCAUCCCAGCAAUGAUAAAUGAGCACAUCUUACUAUUAAAAUCUGUGCCCGGUGUAAGGAUUGCCACUGCAAACGGUAAAUAUCUUUGACAGUGUCCCAUAAGGAAAAAGGGAUGCCAGUACAGUGGGGCAGAGUAAAUAAUUCAAGGGUAAGCGAGAAUUGUACUGUGUACACUAGAUAAAUCUAUAACCCACUCUGCAAGGCGCUGUUGAAGCAGAGCGCGGAAGCGGCCCCUCUCCGGGACGAGGGUGGAGUCACGUGGCUAUGGAGCAAUAAGAGUAUGUACCAUUGUGCAUUUUUUAAAGCCCUUCUUUAAAAGAUACUUUUCAGUUGCUCACGAAUGUCUGUGUUUGAUAAGCUUAUGAAGUGACUUUUAUUGCAUUGUUCAUUUGAGCAUGUCCAGCUUGGGUAACCUUUGAGUACAGAUUGCCAAACUCCACUGAAGUUCACAAGUGAACUUACUUCCCGUCAUCUCUGCCUGCAGCCUUAGAGUGUCGUGAUCACCCUUAAAUGUGGGAGGUGGUUGCUAAGAAUAUGACUCUGGUGAUGCGGACACUGGAGUUUUUGUUGCAGAGGUCUUUCUUUAAGGGAAAAACUCUAAUGUACCCUCAAUCUUCCUUCGCCCAUGAUUUGAACCCUACGAUACAGCCUUGGGUUUUUCCAGCAUGGGAUUUCCUGGAAAUUCUUGCUUGUCAGCCCUGAUGACGGCCCUCCCGAGCCGAUGUUGGUCAUCUGUGGUUUUCCUGAAGGAGCAGGCCGACUUAGAGCCAGGAACACCAAGGAGAGUAAGGCCAGAGAAGCAACUCUUGUCAUUUUAAGCCCAAUCCAGUGACCUAACGGCAGACUUUCUCUUGACAGCUUUUUAUGUGCAAAAAAUCAAAACCAAAAUGAUUUCUCUAAGUGGAAUUUCUUUUUUUUUUAAUUUGGAUUUUUAUUAGGGAUGUCGUUUGGGGGAUGGGGUGGGACAAGCUUUAUUUUUGUAACUGUUCUUUUUCUCUGGUGUGUUCAUGGGAAAUACCUACCUGCCAGACGACACUAGUACUGUGCCUUCUUUCACUGCCUGCUGCGCAGCAGCUCUAACCCGGCAUGGCUUCUUCAAGUCAAAGAAGAAACUGUGGGCAGUUUUUCUGUACUGAAAGAUGAACAGCAUAGAUGAAAUCAUCCUGCUAUUGAGGCAGUGCAAACAGGUGCCUAAGGGAGCUAGUGACACCCUUAACUUUUCCCAUAAUUUCAAAAUUGGAUCACCCUAUACUUCAAGUGUUGGCACCAACUCUGAAAGGCAGCAGCACUUAUCCUUGUAGGGAGACAACUCACAUUAGGUUCAUUGGUAGCAAUGUUAGCCCAGUCGAUGCUGAAAUUUUGUCAGCUUGGCUUUUACUACUAUUCUUUAGGUUUUUACACCUACCCUCCUAGCUUUAAGUUGGAUUUUUUGAAUUCCUGGGACUUUUUAAAAUGGGAAAGAUUGACUUAAGUUACAGGAAAUGAUUUUCAAUUUCAAAGUAAUAGAUACACGAUGGUGUUUUACAAUCCUCUAAAAUAAGGUGCUCUUGCCUACUAAUGGUGAUUUCUGCGAAGGGCUGGGAACUCGUGAUGAAAACAAUAUUGAGUUUAUCAAGACAGACAAAAUGAGGGGAUCAUGAAUAAUAAUUCCAAUGGCAUGACAGCUCUGAAGUAAAGGUUAGUAGUUGCUGAGCAUUCUCAAUCCAUGCUCUGAAGAGUACGAAUCCCAUGAGCUUGUGCCGAGGAAAGGAGGUUAUAAAUUAGUCUGAAAACGUAUCCGGCCACCAACAGAACCACCCCUGGCUAAAAGCUAAUGUUACAAACACAAGGUGAGUUUACUAUUACCAAACUUCCCCUCUACCUUCAAAGCUAAAUACAAAAAUCUUAGACCCGUGGGACUGACUGAAGGUAUCUCUAUCUAAAAAUGACUUCAGAUUGCAAAUACCUUUUGGCACUGAGUUUUUUGUUUGUACACUUUACAGCACUGGUACAAAGCAGGAUAUCCCUCACCCUGUGGGAAUAU